AUGUCACUGGCCGUCGUACUGGGAAUCCUCAUUUGCACAACAUCGGCGUGGGGACAAUGGAGGACGAAUCAGCGGACACAUCAACUAUCACUUCUCCCCGAAUCGUCCACGUUGAGACUUUGUCGAGAUUUUACGAAUCAGACGAGGUUUAAAGAGAUUCUGGCGCCUAUUAUGGUGCCGAGAAUAGUGGAUACACCGCAGCAUAGGCAGGUUGGAGAUUACAUGCAAAACUUCCUUCACAACUUGGGUUUCGCCACCGAAUGGGAUUCAUUCACCGACACGACGCCGUUCGGCAGUCGAAACUUCCGCAACCUCAUCGCAACAUUCGAUGAAGCUGCUCCACGCCGUCUCGUCCUUGCGUGUCACUACGAUUCGAAAAUCAUUCCGGGACAAGUGAUGAUUGCGGCGACAGAUUCAGCGGUGCCGUGCGCAAUGAUGUUGGAUAUUGCACAGACGUUGGCUCCGUAUAUGUAUAAGAGAGUGGCUCAACAGAUCGGACUUCAAUUGAUUUUCUUCGAUGGGGAGGAGGCGUUCAGGGAUUGGACGGCGACGGAUUCCUUGUAUGGGUCUAGACAUUUGGCACAGAAAUGGGAGCAAAAGUGGUACCCAUCUUCGAGCAGUCUGAACAAUUUUGAGCUCAGCAAAGAGAUUGAUCGAAUUGAUGUCCUUAUGCUUCUUGACCUCCUGGGCGCUGCGAACCCAUCUAUCGGAAAUACGAUUGGAAUGGGUGCUAAUGAGUUAUUCAGUCAACUAGCAGAUGUCGAGGCGAAUCUCAGAUCAACUGGAUGUCUGAAUUCGAUUCGGAGGAAUGUUUUCAAUAAACAGUUGUCUUAUAAUCAAGUGGAGGAUGAUCAUAUUCCGUUUUUGAAGAGAGGCGUGCCAAUCCUACAUCUCAUCACCGUCCCAUUCCCAUCUGUAUGGCAUCGAGCAUCCGACAACGCGAAUGCUCUCCACUACCCAACAAUCGAUCAUAUGACUGCAGUGAUUCGAGUAUUCGUGGCGAAGUAUCUUGGCAUUGCGCCAGCAUAA